UCUCGGUGUGGCAGUCAAGUGGCGUACGUAGCUCUUGUCGAUGGGGACAGACUGGACGGAAUCUGCUGAUUGGAAAAUUGCCGAUUGACAACGUACGGUCAGUCACGGGCCAGUUUCAGUCGCGAAGACACGUACCAUCCGGGACACAGCCGGGAGUGAAACCUUUUUUCCCAUUUUUUUCUCUGUUGUUAAGUCAAUCGUCUGCGAGUGCUGCGGGCUAGGGAUAAUAGUUUUUUUUGUUUAGUACGCAAAAAAACUGUUUAUACGUGUGAGACUUGAAUCUAGAACAGAUUAUGGUACGGGAGAACGGCUGCUUGUUCUUAUCGCUUGAACUUGUGCGCUCGGGCUUGAGUGUCGUUUCCAUGAACUCCGGCGUCAAGUGGAAUGUGAUAAAAGUAACGUAUUCAGGCGCUGUGCAAGUGAAAGAAUGAAGUGAUGAUGAAAGUUCUGCUCGGCGAACAAAUUUAAAGUGCUACUGAAGGUGGACGUUAUAUUUCGAGUGUUUGUUGUCAUCACGCUUUUUUGCUGAUUCUGAGCACACGCCAUCGGGAAUCUGAUCCGAUCGAGAGGAAUAACUUCUGAGGUUAUUAAUUGCCAAACGUUCAACAAACGUGGGCACCAGCUGCCAGUAGCAGGUAGUGCUUCAUUUCUCUUUCGAAAAGGCUCUUGACGGAAACCCCAAGCUCAACAGCAGCAGCAGCGCCAGUAAAAAACAGCGACAACGGCAGCGCAAGGAUGUGAUAAUAUGGAGAAUAAACCUGUUUGUUUUGCCGGCGCCGUCCCUCGUGUGCCAAUGGUCUUUUACACGCGUAUCUUACGACUUCUCCUGCUACAGCUGGAUCUACCGGAAGACUUGGAUCUUAGUGGUAGCAAAUUCCAGUAAGCGAGAAACUUGCAUACUAGCGGCGAAAAAAUAUAGACACUAGGAGCGUCUCACGCGUCGUUACGCAAAGUCAUCCGGCGACGACGAUAUGAUCUCCCGGUGCGGCAGCGUCGAAUACUGGAAUCUGGAACAGUUAAUCUAAUUCGCGUGAGGAAGUGCACGCGAAGACUACUUCCCCCGGUGCGAAAACGACUGCGGCAAUGUGAACCUGCCACCGGAGGCAGAGGAGAACGCACUCAUUGAGCAACAUUUAAAUUAGUUUAGUGGCUACGCAAAUUAUCAUCAGUUAGCGCGUCGAUCGGAUUCGCUUUACUGCGGGAAGCUGAUGGCGAUGAUGAUUAUGAUGAGGAUGAUGAAUGCGAGCGAAGCAAGUUAAUAAACAUAAACUACGAGUGCCUUCGGGGGAAAAGAACAAACGCUUUUUGUGUCUUCUAAUCUUAAAGUGAAAUUCAUCAUCCCGAGCAGUGAGAAGAGAGGAAAAAAACAACAACAAAACAGCAGAAACCAGCGAUGCAAUUAAUAUUAACGCGUGAAUACUUAUUAACCGACGGGUGCACGAAUUCAGUCACAUCCGUGCAGGAAAGGAAUAUUUUAAAGAUUAUCACUGUGAGUACUGAAAUUCCGGGCGGAUCGUAGUUUGCUUUUGUUGGGAUGAUUCCUGCAUUUUGUGAUUGGCCUGACGCGAGUGUGGAAGUGUAACAAAAUACAGCUCAGCUCGAAACUUCUUUGUGUCACGUCACUGAAAGGGCUCGCACUGGUGAAUGUUUUUAAUUUUAUGUAUUGUCAACAAAAAAAAAAAGGAAACGUUGAGUUUUGUUUUGAUUGUCGUCUCCAUUGACCCGGUCAGGAUAGGAUACAAAUAUGACACCGAAAGAAUGGUUGGCGUUGGCGGCUUUCUACGCUGCCUAUCUGUUCUUCGGGGCUUGCGUAUUUUAUCACAACGAGCACGCCAUGGAGACAGAACGCCGCGCCGAGGAACUGGCCGAACGGAUUGAAAUGAAUGAAAUGCUCACCAAAUACCUGGUCCCGGAAGAUAAGGAGCUGCAGAAUGAACUGCUGGAGCGCCUUUCCGAUUACUGUGAGAAGAAGGUCACCAACUAUACCCAGGACGCAUACACGCCGCCCUACGUGUGGGACUUUUACCAUUCGUUUUAUUUCGCCUUUAUCGUGUGUUCAACUAUUGGUUAUGGUAACAUUUCACCAAACAACACCUUCGGUCGGAUCUUCAUGAUUUUCUACGCGUUGAUCGGUCUUCCGGUGAAUGGUUUCUUUUUCGCCUUCGUCGGCGAAAUGUACAGCAGAACGUUUGUUCGACUUUACCGCCGGUACAAGGCGUACAAGUUGUCGUACAAUUCGCACUACGUGCCACCACAGCUCAGUUUGAUCGGGCAGGUCGUGCUGUAUCUGAUUCCAGGCAUUGUGAUAUUCAUCUUUAUUCCGGGCAGUAUAUUUUGCUACUUCGAAAAGUGGCCGUACGAUGUUGGAGUUUACUAUGCGUUCGUCACGCUGACAACGAUCGGUUUUGGGGACUACACGAGUACCUUUGAGCCGUCCCAGCAGCACGAGUUCGGCGAAGUUUUCAUCGCGUACGAAAUUUUCGUGGUGGUGUGGUUCUUCACCGGCGUUGGCUAUGUGUUUAUGAUUCUUGGUUUCAUAGCGAAGGGUCUAGCGCAUAAAAAAGUGCAACGGCUGCAGAAAGCUCUGGCUAUGAAUGUGAUGGAGACACAACAGCGUGUCUGGCACGGCGUUACCAAAGAUGUGAGCUAUCUAAGGAAGAUACUGAAUGAAGUUUACAUGCUCAAAUUCAAGCCGGUGUACAACGAGCCAUCGGAUCGAUAUAACAAAGCUAACAUCGGCCGUUCGAGUUCCUGUCCCGAUCUGACGCUGUACCGCGAGCCGGAAGUCGACCCAUUAAUUCUAGCUCGAAAACGAGCCUGCUCAAUGUGUGUUCCCAGUAUAGAACUGCCUGACAAGUCCAAAUCGCUGCUAAGCCUUUCUUCGAUCGGACGGCGUCUCUCCGAUACCGACCUAAAUCGAAUCAACCGGGAGAAAACGUUUGGAGUACAGGCAGCCAUGGUGCAGCCGGCCGAGCUGUUGGCCCGGGUUGUAACCGCCUUGGGUAAUAUAGCGCCCGUUGAUGAUGACACUCAAAGCAUUCUAGAACAAGCAUCACAGAACGCCGGUAUCAAUUGCUUCUCGGACUCACAGAUCUUGGCUAGCGAAAAGACAUCGUCAGGUUGGUCGAUGAAUGGAUUUGACAAGAACAGCUACCUUGCGCCUCCGAUGAUGCGACCUCGGGCGUCGUCUGAUAUUGGGCUCCCACCGCAUGAACCUCCAACGAAUCUGAACGAUUGGACCUGGAGUGUUGGAGACAAUAUACAGAUCAAGGAAUUGAUGAAGGCUCGGCAUAAAGCACAAACAUCACGUCAAAAUUUGCUGCGAGCGGCGAUCAACAACAGCAAACAGUACGGAUCGAAUCAUUCGGUCAACAUGCCACCAGUUAGGGACGAGCUGCAACCGUCCAUUUCGACGACCAAUCGAACGUUAUUACAACGGCUCAAUCCCUUCCGCAAGCGGUCCACUGCUAGCGAAAAGAAAAACUCUAUCUUCGACAUCGAAGCUCCACGGCCCGCCGUGGAAAACUAUCUGGCGAAAACGGCAACGGGAAGAGCUUCGAUGUUCAAUUAUCCCCAGCAGCACUAUCUAUCGAACACGGCCACCGGACGUAGAAGUCUUUUUGCUCUUCCAACGCAUGAGGAGCAGCAAAUCCUAGAAACCACGACCAUCGGUGAUUUGAUACGGGCACUGGAAAUAAUGCACACAAAUGCCACAUUUAGUCGCGAGGACGAUCUGCCGCAACGGAAAGCUGGCACCGCAACUCCACCCAAAGUGCCAUCGUUGAUGAACCUCUUCAUGAACAGCACGCAGGACAACGCUGGUUCGCGAAGAGGAUCUCUCAAACCUCCCCUAACCCAGUCCUUAAGCAAUCCCCUCCCGCCUAGUCCGCUUAGUCAAUCCAAUCCAAUCCCAUCGCCCAAUCCACCACCGUACAGUGCCACCACCGGUUAUGCCAGUUCUCCCAUCCCGAUGCGACGACGCUUCAGUGUCCGUCCGUCUAACCUCGCUCUCCCCCCAGGCAAGUGCCCUCGCUCGGCCAGCAUAUCCCUGGACACAAAAGCCCCUCUCACCGGAUCAUCAAAUUCGAUUUACAUACCAACAACGUCCCUGCAGCGACGCCUGUCCGCUAGACCCAAUACCCUAGCGAAUCAGAACCAAAGUCUUCUCCUCGUCCCGUCGAUGAUCGGAGGAGGAUCCGCCCUCGGUGGAACACCUCCAAAACCCAAACCCUGGCGACCGGCACUGCUUCGAUCGGACUCGGACCAAGUGGCACCUCCGACACCGCGGCAAAGAAUGCGACACAAAAGUCUGGGUCAGCUGGAGGAACGCAAGCGUACCGAAUCCAGCUGACCGUGGAACUAGAGCAAGAGACAACAAGUGAAACCGAACAGUAUUUCCUCACUAAUGAGUAGUGUCGUAGUUAUUUAUGGUAAUGUUUUUUUAAUAUAGCAAACACAAAAACAGUGAAACGUAAAGCAAUAGGAACGCAUCGAAUUGCGAUGCAGUGGGAAUCGAUUCCAGUCAAAAGGUUGUGCCUUAAAAAAGCCAUUCCAAUACAUAGUUUUAAGUUAAGUUAGGUUGUUCAUCGAACGAUGAAGAUAGUUUUUUUUAGAAAAAUGAAUCAUUGCGGGCAAAAAUGAUACAAAAAUAUCGAAAACAAUGUAGUAUCAUAAUGCUUUACGACUAUUUAAUAGUUUGAAUAUUUUGAACAAGUAAAAUUUUCAAAAGUUUAA